AUGCUGAGAUCUGCCGUAGCUGCUGUUAAAAAUGCAGCUAUACAUCCAGAGAAAUGUAGACAACUAAAUCCAGUUCAACUGUCACGUUUGAUGGGUCUACAGUUCAGAUGUUAUAUAGCGCAGACGACCCCUGACUCAAAUUCUUCCGAACAAACUACUAAUCAGCAAGAUCAGCAAGCAUCUGAUCCACAGAGGAAGGCUGAUGAACCGGCGAAGGAAUCGAAAGAGAGCGAACACGAUCGUCUUUUAACAGAAAAGGAAGAGUUAUUGAAAGAUCUUCAGGUAUGUUAUAUGAGAUGUGAUAUUUGAUAUGGAUUUGCUAAUAUACGUGCAUGUUACAUCAUAAAAACUUUUAAAGCUUGAAUCGGUAAAAUAAAAUUGACUUUUCACUUUAGAUCUUAUUAUGGAAUUUUAAGAGCGAAGGAUGUUACUCUCUGAUAGUCCUUAGACCGAUUAAUUUCUUCGCAAUGAAAAGACUUCCUCAAAAGUGCUUCUUUGGAAAACCCCAAUAUGGUCCCCCAAAUCGAAGUAAACCUAGAACUCCAUACAUUGACACCAUCAAGGCUGACACUGGACUGGACAAUACCAAUGAGAUAAGAGUUGCAAUGCUUGAUCAGGUCGUGUGGAAAGAUUUUUUUAGGAGAGCUUGGGAUGAUUCUUGGCCUAAGUAAGUAAGUAGACGUGGUAUCAGUGGAUUGGAAACCGGUCAUUUCGGCACAAACUCACGCUUAAUACAUGUACUCUUCAUUGUAUAAGCCAACCAUGCGAACCGUUUAUAAGUCAAAUGAAUUGAUUUGUAUCAAAACAACCAGUACUGAGCGGAGGAUUUUAAGCAUGCAGUUUGAUUAUCCUCCUUCUGAUUGUCAUUAAUGAGGCCCUCUAGAGGGGUUUGGUGGAGUAUGUAUGUCCCUAGUAUGGUCGUUUCACAUGUUGAGGACCAGGCCAUAUCCCCAUUGGUAUUUACACCAUCUUUAUGUUGUUUGUCACCAUAUCAUCUGGUCUUAACUCGCUGUUUCAAGGCCAUGAUGCUUGUCAGAAUUUUACCCUAAAAGGGUCUCGUUAAUGGUGAUGGGGGUUUUGGUAAAGAAAGCAGUCAUUAUAAAACACAGACGGUGGACAAGGUAUGGACCGAGCAGUUUAAACUGUGGCUUACGUUACAAGCAGGUUUUCGUUGACGAGGAAAAACUGAUUCAAGGAAAUCUUGUUUGUGCAAACAGGGCACAAGACUUGGAUUCCAGAUCGUGUUUUAAAUGUGGGCUAUGCAGGGUUUAAAAAAAAAAAUUUACAGAUUGCGUGUACAUAGAAAAUGUGGAUGAAGGUGUGUUAACACUGUCAGCAUUUUCUGUUAAAGUGUCUGUCAAGGGACCUUUCUCUGAAGAUUUCAUUUGUCAAUUGCUUUUGUCUUCGAGGCCUUUGGUUGGCAAAGUUAUAUUGAGUGUACCUGUCUAUCAUAAUUUAUUAACGAAUAUAAAUCACUAAAUUUUAAACCACCCUGCAGCCUCACACAGGUAUAGAAAACUAGGUAUUUCCAUGGAAUAACCUUUGUUGAAGAACAUAACCUGGCUUUGAUUUGGCACUUCUUAGAUACAUGAUUGUCUUUUACUGUUUUUAACAGUGUAACAACAGUUACACAGUUAUUCUCCGGCUCAUUUAAGAGGCUACGUAAUGCAUGAGGAUACAUGUAUUGCUGUUUUAGGUCUGUGCUGAGCUCAUCACUUUGUUCCUUUAUCCAUGCACAAAAUGUUCCUUUUCGGGUGUAAAGAAGAUGUCAAACAAAUUUCAUCAGGGAGUACUAACCAUAAUAAUUAUGGGUGUUAAGUUAAUUUGCAGGCGUACAAUCAAAUAUGUAGCAUUUAGAGCCUCUUCAUAUGAGCCCGGUUGACCGGGCUGGCUAGGUUACCGGGAUGAAUUUUGCCUUGGGUUCAUUUGAGAAAUUUUAGACCGGUUUCCGAGAUGAGAAAAGGUCAAAGAUCCUGGGGACGAGUUCUGGUGCCAAAUUCAGGAACAAAGCAAACAUGGCGAAACACAAAAUUUUAACUUUCGGGCCUAUCUUAACAUUGGUAACUCUGAAAGCUGUAUCACUGCAGUUAAAUGGGAUGCUUAUGAUGUGGAAAAUACAGGAGGCAAGAAAGACGAUGCCAUCUGGACUGCCAGAAUUCAUCCCGCGGUUCAUCCCGUUAACCGGGAUGAAGUGUUCAUAUGGCAAAAUUUCCAGAUCUCGGGAACCAAGCCAGCCCGCCCUCUCAUAUGAACACAUCAAAACUUUUACAAAGGCUUUAGAGGUGAGGCAAGAUCUCGGAAACAGGGCCAGCCCGGUCAACCGGGCUCAUGUGAAAAGGCCCUAGGGCCUGAAAAAGUUUCAAUCCAUGUUCAUCCUUGACAAUGAUCUAUUGUAAGAGACUACAGGAGCAGUUCUCAAUGCCUAAUUAUAGUCUUAAAUAGCAAAACUGAGCCAUUAUUUUUGGAAUUCAAGUGAUGCAAAGACAAGUUUAAGUUACUUAAUAAAAGAUUGCAAGUAGGGUAGCAUACACCUGUGGCCCCUUUUUUAAAAAAGAAAAAUAACCACAUAAUUACACAACAAAACAAACAACAACAAACAAGAAUGUAUUUAUUUAAAGAAAUAUAAAGUUACAAUGCUUUAAUACUGCAAAUAGCUAUAAUGCUAAUCUAGGCAGGACAAGACUUUAAAUAAUUUAAAGACAUUAUUAAAUUACAUAUUAAGAAAAAAGAAAAGAAAAGAAAAACAACAACAUACAGAAAUAAACACCUUACAUACAUGUAGAUCAAUAUAAAACCAAACAUGGAAUUAUACCAACUUUUUUUGCCUGAUUGCUCAUCUAAGUAAAGCUUGGCUUAAUUUUUUGAAUGGAUGGGCAAGGAAUCUAAUAGGGUUUAUGGGUUUUCUGGAUUAAAAUAUUAUUCCUUGUUAAAAUCUUCCAAACUGAAGUGUGAAGUGCAUCAAGCUUCUUUUGUGGAUCAAUCAUUUCUCAACCUGAUUAUAUUACAGGGGCACCCACAGACACUGGACUCCCGUUAGGCAUCUAGAGCCUCAACCCGUCUCCCUAAAAAAAAAAUCAUUUGAACACCGAUUUACCAUUUGACAAGAACUUGGUCAGCGAUGAGAGUAAAAGCAUUUUUCAUGUCAUGUAAUACAGCAUAUUAUGUCAUAAUACCUUCUUCCUAUAGAGAAUUACUAUAUACAUUGACAAUGUGUUCUUUCCCACCAAAUAUGGUGUUGUCGCAUAGAGAAGCAUAAAUUAGUAUGUGUACUCAAAUGGUGAAUGAGUGAAAUUAAGGAAUAAUUUCAUGUGUGUUUUGUCCAAAUCCUAAGAAUUUGGACAAUACACUUGUAAGUGAAAUUAUUUGCUAAUUUCACUAGUAUACCAUUUGAUUGCCUAUUAAUAUCAUAGUUGACAAAUAAAAGCUCACAAUCUUGGGUUUUUACAUUUUUACCGGGAGUUAUCUUAUUGAUGAAGACCUCCAUGCGUUGAAAAGAUUAGCGCUUAAAUUUUGGCUUAAGUUCAGAAUUUUCAGAAUUUUUCGACUAAAUACCUGAUAGAAUUCUUCUUGAUCUGUGCUUUCAUGUGUUUAUGUUUUUUAAAACGUCCUUCUUCAUUCAUAACAUCUUAAAACCUUGACGCCAUCUUGGUUAUGAAACAUACAGAACGUUGCCAUGUGAAAUAAUAACUUAACACUGAAAUUUUGCACCAAAAUUAAGGAGUAAUUUGUCACCUAUAAUAUUAGAGGCUUGACGUUUCAUAAAAUUUUAGCAUUACAUUUAGCAAAUCCGUUUUCUACUUUGUAGGACAAGUACAAACGCUCCCUAGCUGACAAUGAGAACAUACUGACCCGCAGCAGGAAGCAAAUUGAUGAGGCUAAGUUGUUUGGAAUUCAGAGCUUCUCAAAGGAUUUGCUUGAAGUUGCAGAUAUUUUGGGAAAGGCAACAGAAACUGUACCAAAGGAUGAGGUGGAAAAGAACACUACUUUGAAGAAUUUAUAUGAAGGACUUUUGAUGACGGAAGUACAAUUACAGAAGGUGUUCAAGAAGAAUGGUCUUGAGAAAAUCAACCCGAUAGAUGAGAAAUUUGAUCCUUACAGUCACGAAGCACUAUUUCAGGUUCCGUUUCCUGAUAAAAAGGCGGGUACUGUUGCUGUUGUGGAAAAAGUUGGGUACAAACUUCAUGGAAGGACACUGCGACCAGCACUUGUAGGUGUGGUCAAAGAAUAG